AUGGCUGGCGGAAACCGAGAACUUCAGAGGGGUAAUACACACCCCCGUCCAUCCAAGGAAAAGCCUCUGCGAUCACCUAGAAUCGUGUCAGGCGUGUUCUCAGACAGUACAUGCCAAAUCUAUGGCGGAAUCGACAUGGCCUUGUCGCUAUCACAAGUGAUCCUGGCGACCAUAAUCGCUUUCGAUCGCUACAUUGUAACAAACACGCCGAAAUGGGGAAAAUGGCGAUGUCACUCCAAUUAUGUAAAAUUGAUAGUCAUACUUACUGGUUUCGCAACUCUAUGGAGUGCUGUACCAGUUAUUGGAUACGGUAAAUACAGUACAUUUCAUGGGAACACUUUCUGUUCACUAGAUUGGCGACAGGGCGAUUUUGACGCCAGCUCAGAAGAGUCAACCGAAGCCGCGCAUCAUUAUAUAGCGUUUCUUACAGCCACCUGUUUGAUCUUCUUCCUGAUACCAGUCUGCAUUGCGUCCUCAUUUUACUACAGUAUCAUCGAUCACGUAGACAGGCAAAGUACAACCGAAGCACGAGAAGAAAAUGGAAACUCACUGGCAGACUGCUGUACCUGGGCACCGAAAGGGAAUGUGGCUAAGGUCGGCCUCGGAUGCCUACUAGCGUCGACGUUACCAUUCCUGGCUUAUUCCAUCGUUUGCCUGAAUCCGAUGAAGUCAGACCUCAAUAAUGUCUCCUACGUCGUCGUACCGGUGAUAAUCAGUCGAUUAUGUCCACUGCUCAAUCCGCUUCUGUACAUAUGGUGCAAUCCAGAUAUCGUUCCGAUUAACACGCUGAUCGAAAAGCGAAUGGCAAAACGUCGUCCACCACCCAAGACUUACCACACGAUCAAUCUGAUCGCCGAAGUUCCUGGCAUGUCGUUUCCUCUUCUCACUCCGACUGUUCCUCGUCGGCAGCUUCCACAGAUUCCACCCAACCUGUUGUCACCGAAUCGGAGACCGGUAUACUUCGAGGAGCCCCAUGAGAACAGUCCAAUGUUGAUGUAA